AUGUCAUGGAUGAAAGAAAGUUUAACUGAUCAACUGACAACUCAAGAAAUUAUUAAUAAUCAGACAAAUUCAGCUUUAUAUAAAAAUAUUGCAAUACCACAUGAACAACAAGUUUAUAGAUAUAUUAUGAAAAAUUAUGAAUUAUGCGUUAGACCAUUAAAAAAUAUAUCAGAAAAAUUAAUCGUUAAACUGUAUAUACGAUUACAACAAAUCAGUGGAUUAAAUGAACGGAAUCAAGUGUUAACAACUAUCAUGUUUCUUGAACAGAUAUGGGAAGAUGUUUAUUUAAAAUGGAAUGAAACAGAAUUUGGGAAUGUAAGAACUUUACGUAUACCAGCUAAACAAAUAUGGACUCCAGAUACAUACGUAUUUAAUAACGCUGAUCAUAUAAAUUCAGGUUUUUUAGAAGGUAUCUACGUUUUAGUGCAUAGUUCUGGUAAAGUUACCUGGUCAAUACCAGUCCAGUUGAAAACCUCAUGUAAAGUUGAUAUCACAUUAUUUCCAUUUGAUUAUCAAAAUUGUGAAAUACAAUUUGGUUCAUGGAUCUACCAAUCUGAUUGGAUUGAAUAUCAAUUUGAAAGUCAAUCGUUACAUGAGAAUUUAACAACAUCAUAUAGAAUGAAUCAUUCUGAUGAAGAAUUCGACAGCGAUAAAGUCAAUAAUAAUAAUAACAAUCAUGGGAUGGUAUUAUCGAUGAAGAUUACCUGA